AUGUUCACAAAUUUAACCGUAAUGGGUAUUGAAACAUCUUGUGAUGAUACCGGUAUUGCUAUAAUUCGCCGAGAACAUGAAAACAAUACUGUGUUGGCUAAUGUUAUGAAUUCUCAGCAAAGUUUUCACAUAAGAUAUGGCGGCAUUAUUCCACCACGUGCCCAAGAUUUACAUAGAUCGAAAAUAGCUGAUGUUUAUGAACGUUGUUUGGAAGAGGCAAAAGUUAAACCGGAAGAAAUUGAUGCCAUUGCUGUGACCACAAGACCAGGUUUACCUCUAAGUCUUAUGGUGGGUUUGCGUUUUGCCCGCUAUAUAGCCCGAACGUAUAACAAACCUCUGGUACCGGUACAUCAUAUGAAAGCACAUGCCCUGCAGGCACGCAUGGAACACCCCAUACCUUAUCCGUUUUUAUGUCUACUCAUCAGUGGUGGUCAUUCACAAUUGUGUUUUAUUAAGGGGCCAGAAGAGUUUCUACUGCUGGGCGAAACACUCGAUGAUGCACCCGGCGAGGCAUUUGAUAAAAUUGCCCGACGUUUGAGGUUGUAUAUUAAUCCCGCGUAUCGUAAUUGGAAUGGUGGACAAAUUGUGGAGCAUGCCGCUAAAUUGGCAGAAAAUCCUCGGGCAUUUGAAUUUCCUUUACCCUUGGCACGAAUGCGGGAUUGUAAUUUUAGUUUUGCUGGCAUUAAAAAUAAUUCAUUUCGGGCCAUUAAACGGCAGGAGAGGAUUGAGGGCUGUACCCCCGACUCGGUGAUAAGCAAUUAUGCUGACUUUUGUGCGGGUUUGUUAAAUGCCAUAUCCCGCCAUCUAAUGAAUCGUACCCAAAGGGCUUUGGAAUUUUGCCUAGAACGUAAAUUGUUUGCAACGGAUUCGCCGCGAUCGUUGGUGGUUUCCGGAGGUGUGGCCAACAAUGAUACCAUUUUUCAGGAUAUUAGCCAUUUAGCUGAACAAUACGAUUGCAAAACAUAUCGACCAUCGAAAAAAUAUUGUUCCGAUAAUGGUGUAAUGAUAGCCUGGAAUGCCAUAGAACAAAUAAUGCAUGACAAAGAGCGGUGUUUAAGAUAUGAUUAUUAUAAUGUGGAUAUACAAGGCAAGGCGGGAUUGGGUACUUCGUUGCUGCAAGAAGUUGUGGCCGCGGAUAUUAAAUGUAAAUGGAUAAAGGCGCCAUUGCGGAAAGGGGAGGAAGAAAGAUAA